AUGGUCAACAAAAUUGGACUAGCUUUACUCUGUGGGAUUGCCCUCGUCAGUGCUGCGAAUCCGAAAGAUACAGAUGUCCUGCCGGAGUUUCAGCAAUUCAGGCAACUUAGAUCCUUGGGCUUUGAGUUUGCAGAAUACUUUAGGAAUGUUUCGCUGGAAAAGUUGAGCAUCCCGAACUCCCGGCUGACAUCUGAGGAGGAUCUGCUGUGCCUCAGUGAUAUGACUGCCUUGAUGACGGGACUUCAAAGUGGUCAAUUAUGGACUCUGAAAAUGAUCGAUGCCUGGGGAUCUAUUCCAUCGGGUCUAUUCACCGGCAACUCAUACGACCUGGGAAAUUUCGACGAAUGUCUUAACCUCCGAGGGGUUAUCAGCACGGGCCGGACUAUUCGAGGGAAAUACUGUUUUCUCUCAGUCUCCAGCUUCAAUAUUGCUACCUGCUUUCCGGCCUCCUGUUCGGCAGUCCACAUGAACGCGUUUGUGGAUCAACUGAUGAGCCAGUUGCUCAAUAGCUCCAGCUUAGCCAUGAGUAUCAGCGACUCCAGUUGCCAGACAAGUGAAAGUGAACCGUGGGAUGGACUAACCAUUUUUAUGAUAGUAAUCUUAUCGGUGAUGGGUGCGCUAGUGACGUUAUUUACUCUGUGGGACUAUUUUCUUAUCAAAAAUCAGGACCAGCUUCCUGUCAUUGUGAAGGUGUUCUCAGCAAGGGCAAACUCUCGUGCCCUCUUUCGAGUUGUGGAAACCAAAUCGAACCCGAAUGUAAUCGACUGCCUUCAUGGAAGAUGAGUACUCAUCUGGGUGAUUACUUACCACCAAUACUCAGCCGUUCUUCUUUCACCAAAUAUUAAUUUUCUCAGCAUUGUAACGUGGUUCGGGAAACCAUUUGCCAGUUUUCUUAUACAUUGUUUCGUAUCCGUGGAUUCGUUCUUCAUGAUUGGCGGCCUGUUGGUGGCUUUGAUUCCGCUGCGAUUGAUGGAUAAGACUAAGGGAAAACUUAAUGUGCCAAUGAUGUAUUUGCAUCGUAUAAUGCGCAUUCUUCCCCUUUUGGCGAUCGCCAUUGUAGUCCAUUUGAAGCUCAUGCCCCUGAUAUCAGAUGGUCCCCUAUUCAAGGGUGGAUACAUUGGAAAGGCCGCGUGGGACAGUUGGUAUUGGACUUUGCUGUUCGUGAAUAACUAUACAAACGACAAGUGCCUGGUCCACUCCUGGUAUCUUUCGUUGGACAUGCAGUUAUACCUCAUCUCUCCGAUCCUGCUGAUUGGUCUCUAUCGAUGGGGCAAGAAGGCUGCUGCUGGUAUUUUCGUUCUUAUCCUGCUACUUACCGCCUGUCUCUUUGCCACCAUGAUGGUUAAUGACUACACAACAAUAAUCACGACUGCUUCCCCCGAAGCCAUGAGGGAUGCGUACUUUGCCACCCAUACACAUGCCCAGCCCUGGUUAAUAGGAUUUCUUUUCGGCUACUUCCUGCACUUGAAUAGGGGAAGGAAGUUUCAGCUAAGCUGGAUGACCGUGUGGUCAGGAUGGAUCCUCUGCCUGGCCAUGCUCUUCACCACGAUCUUCGCUCUCUACCCGCCCUCUAAGUGGACCAGUCCUGAUGCUUCCACCUUUGCGGAGUCUUCUUACUACACCUUGACGAGAGUGGGCUGGUCACUGGCCCUCUGCUGGGUGGUCUUCGCCUGCAUUCAGGGAUACGGCGGUCUGGCCAACAGCUUCCUCUCCUCCCCGCUGUGGCAACCCCUCUCCAGGCUUUCCUACUCCGUCUACAUGUGGCACAUGUUCUUCGUAGAGAUGAACGUCCGAAAUACCCGGACCAGUACUUACUUCUCGGAUUACAGAAUUAUGCUCAACAUUUGGUCGACUUUGGGAUUCACCGUGCUGUUUUCCUAUGCAAUGCACCUACUCAUCGAGGCUCCGAUUGGUGGUCUUGAUCAGUUCCUGGGACCAAGAAGAAAAGCUUCCCCUAUUGUUAGUCAAAAAUCACCGAAAGAUGAUAACGGACCAAGUGUCCCAGAGGAACUUAAAGUAACAGCUCCAACAUCCGCUGAAAUUAUAGAUUUACAAAAAUCACAGACUGAAGAUAAUGUAUUUUGUGACCCAGAAGAGCUAAAAGUAACAACACCGAUCUCCGCUGAAAUCACAGAUUCACAAAAUACACAGACUGAUGAUAAUGGAUCUAGUAAUCCAGAGGAACUUAAAGUAAGAGCUCUAAACUCUUCUGCAGAUUGGGUAUAA